AUGGCAUCAUCGUCAUCAUCUUCGUCCACGUCACCAUGUGCGGCCUGCAAGUUCCUCCGGCGAAAGUGCCAGCCGGAAUGCGUUUUCGCUCCUUACUUCCCUCCCGACCAGCCCCAGAAAUUUGCCAACGUUCACAAGGUUUUUGGCGCCAGCAAUGUGACGAAGCUUCUGAACGAGCUCCACCCUGGCCAGCGUGAAGAUGCUGUAAACUCACUGGCUUACGAGGCUGAUAUGCGGCUGCGCGACCCUGUUUAUGGCUGCGUAGGAGUCAUUUCUCUCUUACAGCACCAGCUCCGGCAGCUUCAGAUAGAUCUAACCUGCGCAAAAUCCGAGCUUUCCAAGUACCAGACAGCCCUACACUUCCACGCCGGCGGCGCCGCCGCCGCCGGAGUCAACGGAGGCCACCACCAGUUCUUUCCACAGCAGGCGGCGCAGGUGUUCAACGGGUACGAGCUGGCGGUGAACAUGUCGGCGGGGGGAGGGGGGAUCGGACAGCUGGCAGCAGCGGCGGCGGCGCAGGGGUUCCAGCAGAGGGGGGCGGCGACGGACGGCCGCCGGACGCCGGUGGAGCCGUCUUAG